AUGCUGACCAGUAGUCAAAAUUUCCAGCAGAAAUCAUUCAGAAUUAAGCAUGAUGAUGAGAAGUUCUUGUCCAGGCUUUUCUCUAAAGAAACCUCAAAAUCCAACCCUUCCUUUAGAGUUUACUAUGGUGAUGUGUCUAGUGCAGUGCCCUUCAUGUGGGAAACUAUUCCUGGAACCCCAAAACACACUUUUUCAGACAAUUCACUUCCACCUCUUACUCCCCCUCCCUCUUACUAUUCCAAUAAAAAUGUCAAUAAGUCCUUGAAUAAGCCCUCAAGAUCCAAGAUUCUGUACAAUUUGCUCACUAGGAUGAGUUUCAAGAAAAGUGUUCAUGUGGGCUCAUCUCCUUCUUCAUCUUCAGUGUCCCAUUCUUUGUCAUCUUUAUCAUUUUCCACGUCCUCUUCACUUUCUUCGUUUUCUGAUCCCAUGACGCCUUCCCGAGGCCAUCAGAGAAGGCGCUUUUCAAGCUGGGGGUCGUCUUCUGAUCAUGAUCAUGAUCAUCGUCGUGAAGAAGUAGGCGGACCUUCAAGGUUGUGUUUUGGCAUCAGAAGGUAUACUGGUGGGAGGAUUAAGAAAGCUUUGCUGUCCACUGUAGGCCGUGGAUCUGGGUAA